UGGAUGAAAAGGUCGAAAAGCUCGCAGUUAUAAAACGUGGUGCGUGGUGCGCGCCUGAUAUAUAAGAAAAAUUAAGUGAACAGUUACUAAAAUGUAUAUAAAACAGAUAACACUGCAAGGUUUUGCUAGCUACAAAGAACGCACUACCAUAACUUUAGACCAUAAGCAUAAUGUAAUUGUGGGUGCAAAUGGGGCUGGUAAAAGUAAUAUUUUUAGAGCAGUUGAGUUUGUUCUUAGUGCUACAACUGGCAAUGAAACUGAGAAGAUCAAACACCAUUCAUUUGUUAAUCAAAAAGAAACUGCUACCUUUGUGGAGAUAGUACUUGAUAACUCAGAUGCAGUUUUACUUGUAAAGGGUGAUGGUAAUGAUGUUUACAUUAAAAGAUCUAUCACUGAUUCAAAGGACCAAUAUUCUCUGAAUUCUAAAAAUGUUACAAAAACUGAGAUAAUUCAUUUAUUUGAAAGUAUGGGAUUAUCUAGAAAAUAUCCAAAUUACAUCAUCAAGGAAGGACAAGUCAAUAAAAUUGCAACUGGAUCAGAUUCAUAUCGUUUGAAACUAUUAGAAGAAGCUGCAGGAAGCAGACUUGUUGAUGAACAAUUAUCAUCUACCACAAAAGACAUGCAGCAAACUGAAAUGCACGUUGAUGUUGUUGAUGAAUUUUUCCGUAUGUUUCAAAAUCGUGCUCAAAAUCUAGAAAUGUACACUGCAAGUUUGAGGGAAUUGCAAUUAUUAAAGUCUGACCGUAAUGGGAUUUUACAUCAUAUCAAUCACUUUAACAAACAACAAAAAGAGAAUAGAAUUAAAGCGUUAGAACAAAAACGCAUGCAGCUGGAGUGGUCUCAGGAAGGAUUCUGUACAAAAAUCGCAAAAGCUUCGUACAAAGCGCAUGUUAUCAAGAUUGAAUGUGAGGCUUUGGAAAGAGAUUUAAAUAUGAAGAAUUCCUCAAAAGAUGCCUGCAAAGAAAACUUGCAACAACUGAGAACAAAUAGCACCGAUUUUAAACUGCGUAGAGAUGAAAUACAAAGAAAACUUAUAGCAAUUCAAAGUACUGCAGAUGAAAAAGAGCGAAUGAUACAAGAAUCAGAGAAUCUACAAACAGAAAUUAAUAAUAUUGAAGCCGGUUUAGAGGAUACACGACAACAAAACCUCGCAUUGGCUAAAAAUGAGGUUGAAUUGAAAAUUAAAUUGGAAGGCAUGGAGUACCAACGAACAUUUCUACUUGAAAAGCGCAAUAGAAAGGUGCAACAUUCUACUAAAAACGAACGAGACACUGCUAUUCAAGUGGAAUUAGCAGCUAUUGAUAAAUUGAUUGAUGAAUUGAAAGUUGUACAAGAAGAACUAUUAUCUGAACAGCGAACAUUUGAAAAUGAUAUAGAAAACAUGCAAAUGGAAAUUAAUAAUAUGCAGACAGAAAAAGAAGAGUUAGAGAAACGUCUGGAAGAGAUCGACUUGUCGAAUAAGGAAUUGGCAUCAACCGCAGAAAUAUUGUGCGGAGAUAUUUGUGAUCUAACUGCGCAACUUUGCACUCUUCACACAGAACAUGAUAUUUACGUAAAAGAUUUGUCUGCAUUACAAGACUCGCUUCCUUCAUUAAUCGACAGGAAGAUUUUUGUUGGUGCAAAAUCAAUGAAAGAAAUAAUUGACUACUACACUGAUUCGCCGGAAGCAGCUAUAGCUGACUCUUUUCGCGUGGAGGAUUAUCUAGAACGAGUUGUGGAUAAUUUCCGGUGCGAUACACGCUUUUAUCGAGCGAUCGAAGCGGCCAUUGGCAAUCGAUUAUAUUGCCAUAUAUUUGAACAGUCGUCAACGGUUGAAAUCAUCGCGCGAAAACUUGAAGAAGUGGGUUAUUCCGGACGUAUUCCCAUGAUUGCUUUAGACGAUAUUGAACUUCCUCAAAGGAUCGACGAUGAGAAUUUCACCAUGUUAAUUGAUAAUGUUAACUACGAGCCAAAAUUCGAGACUGUAAUGCAAUUGAUUUUCGGUAAUAUUGCUAUUGUAAACGAAAUAUCCGAAGGAAGUUUUGAUGAACUCCUCGGAACUGGUUUAAGUUUUGUUACUCGCGAUGGAUGUUACUUGAGUGCCAAUGGUGGAUUAUACAUACCCAAUAAUUCAAAAGAUACUAGAUCAAAAGUAGACAUUUUCAAGCGUCAAGGUGAAUAUUUGAAAGCAGUUGCAGAAACUGAAUCAUCAAUCAAACAAAUUUACUCUGAUCUUGCAAGUGCUGAAGAGGAGUUAGUAGCUAUCGAAAAACAAUUUGACUUGAAGAAGCACGGCCAAUUACAGGCUAAGAAUGAAAUAUUAACACAGAAUAUUUGUGCACUAAAACGAGAUUUUCGAACUAUUGCUGCCAAUCAAUUAGAAGUUGAAGAUUCAAUUGCCGUUUGCAGAGCAAAUCUAUUGACGUUGGAAUUAAUGAAAAAAUCAUUUGAAAUCGAGUUGAAGGAAGAAAUAUCCACCGAUUUGAGUGAUGAGGAACAGCAGAUGUUAACUGAAUUAAAUGAGCAAAUCACAGAAGUGCAACUGGAGCGUUAUGAGAUUAUCGGACAAAUUGCUGACUUAGAUAUUAAUUUGUCCAAUGAUCGUUGGGAACAUUUUACUGGCAAACUGGAAAAGAUUAAGUUGGAUCUAGAAAACAUAUCGUACGAAGAAAGAAAUCGAAGUGAUUUCGAAGCAAUGAUUGAAGAUUUAGAACACAAACAAAGCACAGUUCAAGAUAUGAUUGACCAGAUGCAGAGAGAGAUUCAAACAAAUAUGGAGGAGGUUGCCAGGUUACAAUUACUAGUGACACAAAUGCAACCCGAGUAUGAAAAGUGGAUGCAAAAUAAACUGGAUUUGGAGGAGAAGUGGCAGCGGCAUUCGUGGGACUUGAAUUUAAUUGCGGCGCAAAUCGAAAAAUUACAUGAAGAGCCGAAGGUGAAUGAACAAAGUGUAGAGGAACUCAAUUCAACAGCAUAUCAGCAUGCAAUUGCAAAGUUUGAUGGUUUGGAAAUAAACGAAUUAAACGCUCAACUAAAACGAAUUGAUACCGUUAUAAAGAAUUUCCCACCUGUGAAUUUUGAGGCCGCAAACCAACUAGGUAAAAUAACAGAAGCAAUUAAAGAUUUUUCAUCCACUGCCGAUUCACUUCGAAGGGGAAAUACUCAAAUUGAGAACAUAAUUACCAUCGUCAGAGACCAAAAACCGAUAGUAAUUCAACGUUCAUUCGACAAAAUGUCAAACCACUUCGCUACUACUUUUAAAAAAUUGGUACCAACAGGCAGAGGUAGUUUAAUCCUGAUUAAACAAAAUGGCGACGAAGACGAGCUUAGCCGUGACACUGAAUCCUCCGAUUCGCAGGGUGUGUAUACUGGAAUUUCCAUUAAAGUUAGUUUUAAUGAAGAUGAAAACGACGUCGAUAUGAUGCGGCUCUCCGGUGGGCAGAAGCAUCUCGUCGCGGUAGCGUUUGUCUUAUCAUUGCAAGUUCUUGCACCAGCGCCAUUUUAUUUGUUAGAUGAAAUCGACCACGCCCUUGAUGCGCAAUAUCGUGCGACAUUAGCGGAUGUAAUUCAUGAAUUAUCCGAACAUGCGCAGUUUAUCAUGAGUUCUUUCUGGCCGGAACAAAUGAAAUAUGCCAAUGUAUUCUUUGGCGUUAAAAGCGCACGUAAAGUAAGCAACGUGAAGCGUAUAACGCGCGAAGAGGCCGAACAGUUUGUGAAACAGCACUAAGUCAAUAAGUUUAUGUUUAAUUUUACUCGUUUGUUUCGAUUAAGACUGAUACAAGUACACUUUGGGUUUCGAAUACAACAGAUCAGUCUCGUUUUUUGUUUGUUUGUAAAAAUCAGCGAAAUAAAAUCAACUAAAAGUAA